AUGGGAAGUGACUCUCUUACCUCUUUAGUGGGUGCCUACAUAUUUGUUUGGAAUAACCAAUUCUGGUUCGCAUUUUUCGCCCCAAUCUCAUUAUCUAUCUAUCUAUCUAUCUAUCUAUCUAUCUAUCUAUCUAUCUAUCUAUCUAUCUAUCUAUCUCAGACUCCUGUUCAUAUCUAUCUAUCUAUCUAUCUAUCUAUCUAUCUAUCUAUCUAUCUAUCUGAACAUGUUCGUAUCUAUCUAUCUAUAUCUAUCUAUCUAUCUAUCUAUCUAUCUAUCUAUCUAUCUCAUUCUGUUCAUAUCUAUCUAUCUAUCUAUCUAUCUAUCUAUCUAUGUUCAUUAUCAUUUUCAUUUCACUGUCUUUCUCUCCCCCUUCCUUCCCUAACUCUAAACGCUACUUGUUUCAUUGUCACUCAUAGGCGAUAUAUUAUUUACGGUUCUUUCUUUUUCCCAUUACUUCUUUCUUUUUUCUUUCUUUCUUUCUUUCUUUCUUUCUUUCUUUCUUUCCUGUUAUUUCUUUCUUCCUUUCCUUACCAUUAUUUCUUCCUUUCCUUAGUAGUAUUUCUUUCUUUCUGCUUGCGUGUUAAUAUGUUUUUCGCUUCUUUCUUUCUUUCUUUCUUUCUUUCUUUCUUUCUUUCUUUCUUUCUUUCUUUCUGUCUGUCUGUUUGCAUGUUAGUUUUCGUUUUCUUUCUUUCCAUUCAACUUUUGAAACGAUAUUUGCCUCAUUUUCAUUCUUUGUCCAUGUGUGAUUUUCACUUCUUUCUUUCUUUCUUUCUUUCUUUCUUUCUUUCUUUCUUUCUUUCUUUCUUUCUUUUUGCAUAUAUGUUUUUCGCGUCUUUCUUUCUUUCUUUCUUUCUUUCUUUCUUUCUUUCUUUCUUUCUUUCUUUCUUUCUUUUUGUGUGUUUGCAUGUUAGUUAUCAUUUUCUUUUUCCAUUUAUGUUUUGA